UCGGCCUUAGGCUAACGAGCUAAACUAGAGGCUUAUUUUUGAUAAAGCGCUUCGGUGCUGCUAGCUAAAAAAAAAAAAAAAAGGCAGGCAGCGGGUAGGCGCCACUUCACUGUUUUUGUUUUUGUAGCGCCUUCUUGACCCAAAUCACCGUCCUGAGCUGCGAGCAGCCAAAACUAAAAAAACAGCACACGUUUAGUGACAAAUAAGCUAGCAUGGCAGAGUUUCUUGAAGACCCGUCAGUCCUCACGAAAGAUAAGCUGAAAAACGAGCUGGCGGCGAACAAUGUGCCUCUUCCGAGCGGAGAGCACAAGAAGGAGGUGUACGUCCAGCUGUACCUGAAGCACCUGACGGUGCUGAACAGCAAGAAGAGUCCGCCUGCAGACACCUUCUCCAGCGACGAAGAGCUGCCUGCCCCCGUGGUGUCCAACAGAAGUCGCUCUGGAAGAAAAGCUACCAGGAAGACUGAUAAGCCUCGCGCGGAGGAGGUGACAGAUCUCACUGAUGAAGACCUGAAGCUGCAGCUGGCCAAGCAUGGUGUGGACACUGGACCCAUUGUUGCCUCCACCCGUAAGGUGUAUGAGAAGAAGCUGCAGAAGCUUUUGGACGAGCCUGCAGCUGAGCCGGACGCUCCUACAGAUGUCACAACUCUCCCCAAAGUAGACAGCAACCAAAACGGCAACACCAACUCCGACCAGUACAGUGACAAAGAAGAUGAGGAGAUUGCUGUCCCCGAGCCAGAGCCAGUUCCUGUGGUGGAGAAGCCUGUUAGGAGCAGAGGAAAGACUCCUGUCACCGUCAGAACCAGCAGCAGACGACAAACCAAAGUGGUGGAGGAGUUUGUUAUUGAGGAGACCCCAAAAAAGGCCAGCAAGAGUGUGGUGGAAGAUAUCCUCGCCAAUGAAAUAAGCACACCAACAGGCAUGAGUGCGACCUGCAGGCCUCCAAUCAGAGGAGCAGCUGGUCGACCUUUAAAGCCCAGUGAUUACUGGUUGGAUGAGUCCCGUGUGCAGCGCAGCAUUCGCACAGAGAGCCGCACCUACUCUGAGUCGUUCUCCCAACCAAGCAUGUCUGCCUCCUCGAGCAAAGCCCCUGCGCGACGAGGCUUUCUCUCACUGGUGCUCAAGCUCCUGCUCCUCGUGGCGGUGGCCGGUUCUCUCUUCUAUGUCUACCAGAACCUGAGUCCUGAUCAGACCAACACCCUCAAAGGCCUCCUGGAAAGUGUGAUGGUCCCAGUCCAAAGCGUUGUGGAGACUGCGGCCACCUCUCUGGGAAUCAGCGGCAGUGCCACCAAGAGCACCAGCAACUAAAGACCCUCCGCAGUUCCACACCAGGCCCGGAUCACCUCCCUGCCACAGCGAACCGCAACUUCAACAACAAACUUAACUCACUCCUUCUUUUCCUUAAAGUUUGGACAAGGGACACAAAUUUAAUUGGACAGAACUUCCUCUUGCCGGACUUCAACUUUCCUCCCACCACAAGAGGGCAGUAUACUCGAGCAGUAGCUUCUGUAUGUGGCAGUCAGAAGAGACUGAUUUUAAUGAUUUUUAAUCUGUGAAUCGUUUGUGUCUUCGUGUGCAUUUAACCCUCAUAUGUGGAGACAGUGCGAGCGGGAGAGGCCAGUUUAAUCUGUGCAUGGUUGUAGUACUUGGCAGUCAUACUGUAGUUUUUAUCCAACACUUUGCUCCAGGGGUCAUGAAUGCCUGGACACCAGUUAGCACUUAAUGCCCUCCCAUGUUUUUUGUUUGUUUAUUUUUAUAAUUGGUUUGUUUUUUCUUCUUUUUUUAAUCUUUUUCCACACAAGCGCUUCUACUAAUACCACAUUGAUUUAAUCUUUCUGUGAUCAAUUUCAAAAGAUGCUUUGUGGUUCUAGAAGUAGGCAGAGUGACUUGUUUCUGUGGUGCUCAGGUUGAUUAAUUUCAGUCUUCAGGUGGUCGAUGGUGCGAGGAGACGUUAGAUUCAAUCAGAACCGCCAUCAAAGCUUCUCACCGUCCCUCCCAGAGGUUGGUUGCUUUUCAAAUCAUGAUGAGAAUAAAUGUACAAAUCGGUGAAAUCAAGAUUUAAUGGAUCAUGAUACAAACAGAAAGAAGGCGCUUGUUAGUAUUACUGUGUAUUUGACUGACUUUGUUGAGGGAUUGAAAGUGCAAAAUGUGAUUUGUUCAUUUUAUUUUCUGUCCUCUUAGCCAUAAAGCCCAUCUUACGUUUUCAAGCUCUGGACUGUAGUGCUCUCUUGUUUCUUUUGAUAUCUUGUAAAGAUUUCUGAUCCUUCAGUCUGUACAGGACUGGCUGUUGCAGUGCACCCACAUAGCCCGCCUCAAAGACUGCGUGUCCAUGCAGUACGUCUGCAAAGACCACGCGCGGAGGACAAACUCCCUUCUUCUGCCUGAACAAAAUUUAAAGACGUGUAGCUGAAUUGGGUUUGUUGCCCAGUGGAGGAAAUAAGAGAUUUGCCGGAGGUGAUGUUGGGGUGGAAGGUUUCCUGAGGUGUUCUCUUUCUAUUUUGAUAUUUUUCUAAAAAAAUAAAAAAAAAUAAGUGGCGUAUGCAGUUUUUAUAGAACAUUUUGAAGUAACCGUUUAAAUCAACGUGAUACAUGCUGUUUAUGACUCGGAGCUUUGUUGAUUGAUGACAAGUGAUUGAUCUCAGGCAGCUCUCCCACAACGGACAGAUACGACAGGGGUUAUGUGGGUAAGGAUUUUUAAUCUGUUUAUUUAUGUCCAUGUAGGCUGUGAGUCAUGAAAUAAAUUU